AUGCCUGGAAUCCUCCUGGGGGACGUGUUUCCCGACUUUGAGGCCGACACCACCAUCGGCCGGAUUAAGUUUCACGAUUUCCUGGGCAAUUCAUGGGGUAUCCUGUUCUCACAUCCGAAGGACUUCACUCCCGUGUGCACCACCGAGUUGGCGUGUGCCGCCAGUCUCAGCGACAGUUUUGCCAAAAGAGGUGUCAAGAUGAUCGCCCUGUCCGUGGAUAGCGUGGAGGACCAUCAUGGGUGGAGCAAGGAUAUAAUGGAUUUCAACAGUCAGGCUUCCGGUCCUUUGCCCUUCCCCAUCAUUGCCGACCACAAGAGGGAGCUGGCCACCAAGCUUGGAAUGCUGGACCCCGACGAGAUUGAUGGCGAUGGCAUCCCGCUCACCGCUCGCUGCGUGUUUGUGGUCGGGCCUGACAAACGUCUGAAGUUGUCCAUCCUCUACCCCGCGACUACCGGGAGAAAUUUUGAUGAACUGCUGCGUGUUAUCGACUCAUUGCAGCUCACCGCGCAGAAGAAGGUGGCUACACCAGUUGACUGGAAGCCCGGAGACAAAGUCAUGGUGCUUCCCAACAUUUCCGACGCCGAUGCCGCAGUUCUUUUCCCCCAAGGUGUGACCACUAAAGAGGUGCCUUCUGGGAAAAAAUACAUGCGCUACACUCAGCUGUGA